GCCCAUAUCACUAUAUAUGGAACACUCUCAACAACUAUCUUUAAAGAAACUCACUAACAAUUAGUCCCUAAACCCCAAAAAAUUCAUCUUCUUGCUUCCAUAGUGUCUUCUAAUUUUUUUUCUCUUUUAUAAUGGCAAGUUUGGUUUGUGGAAUUCUAGUUGUAUGUAUGAUAAUGGUACCAAGUUUGGCCACAGAUUACACUGUGGGUGACUCCAGUGGCUGGGCAUUGGGUCUUGAUUAUACCACCUGGACUAGUGGCAAGACCUUUGCAGUUGGUGACAACCUUGUAUUUAACUAUGGAGGAGGACACACAGUGGAUGAAGUGAGUCCAAGUGACUACAGCACAUGUACAAUAGGAAAUGCAAUAAGCUCGGACAGCACUGGUUCCACCACAAUCGCUCUAAAAACAGCAGGCACUCACUGCUUCAUUUGUGGAGUCAUGGGCCAUUGUGGAACCGGCAUGAAGCUAUCUGUCACUGUUAAGGCCGCCGGAUCACCACCGGACACCGCUACUACUCCGACUACUCCGACUACUACUCCUGCUACUACAACUUCACCUUCUGGAACUAACCCACCUAUUUACAAACCCUCUUCUAAUUAUCCUGACUCGGCUUCUGAAAUCGUUUCUCCGAUUUUAGGUGCGCUAUUUGUAACUUUUGUUGCAUCUUGUGCUAUGGCUGUCUUGUUGUAGAACUUGGCGGAUGUGAUUACACUUUUAGCCAGGAUAGAGGCAGUGCUUUCUUUUUUAUUUUUUACUUUUUUUACUAUUUUCUUUUGUUUUUUCUCCUAAUUUGUAUUCGGGAUUAUUAUUUGCUUUU